AUGACUAUGAUUACAACCCUCAUCGCUGGCGUCACCACCUCCGAAGCCAUCAAUCGUGCGACUCCAGACGCGACGACAGCUACACCCUACCUUCGGGUUGGAAAGGUUAGAAUCAAGGAUGGCAACCGGACGGGCGAAGUGGUUGUGGUAUUCCACGAUGGCUCCGAGAAAGCAACUAUCUCUGACGACGCGUACGCGAUGACUCAACUAGACACGGGGCAUUCGGCAGCAACUGAGGAGAGAGCGAUGCUAACUGGUUCUUGGGUGCGAGCACUCAAGAAUUUCAUAAAGAAUCCCGUUCUUUUCGCGAAGAUGUUCAGCGCCGCUCGGAAGGAGCGGUUCUUCUAG